UUGCGAUCCUGCCGGCGAUUAGUCCGAUGUCCUUUCUUGAGUAGCCGGUCUUCUGUGUCUUUCUCAGAGUCUUUACCAAAACAGUAUCUUUGGAUUGAUUUUUGUAUCACGGAUUGGGUUAGCUAGCUGAGAGAUGAUGCAUUUCAGCAUGAACUAUUUAUUUGUUUUACAUUAUCGUUUUUUGUGAUUAUAUUAUUUCUAUGUAUUUACUGCUUGUCCAAUGCCAUUUAUGCUGAUAAAUAGGUCAGCUCUGGAAUUGGUUCAGGUACUAAUUUGAUUGUCCCAAGAGUAGAAUUUGUUAUUGAUGAGACGACCAAAAGAAGUCACCUUACGGCCCUUCAUGCACAGGGGGCAAAUGGUUUUCAGGGAAGGUGCAAGGGACAAAGGAUAGUACAGUCUCUCAGCAAGUCAAGGUUGAACCAAAGUGAAAGAUGAGGAAGCACCAGCUCUUGAAGAUGCUGAAGUUCUUGAUGAGGUGGACGAAAAUAAGAAACGCCACUUGAAUGUUGUGUUCAUUGGUAAUGUUGAUGUCCAGUUUCUACCUAUAUCUGGUCUUCUUGGUUCCAACAUGAAAACGAGACUGGACAAGAGCAUAUGCCCCUGGUGGAAUGGCCCUGCCUCUUUGAAGUUCUUGAUGCAGUCGAAAUUGCUCCUAGAGAUCUAAAAGGUCCUUCUAGGAUGCCUAUAAUUGACAAAUUUAAAGACAUGGGAACUGUCGUAAUGGGAAAGGUUGAAUCUGGUACCAUGUGUGAGGGUGAUUCCUUAUUGGUCAUGCCAAACAAGGCUCAAGUGAAAGUUCUUGCCAUUUACUGUGAUGAAGAUAAGGCUAUACGUGCUGGACCUGGUGAAAAUCUGCAGGUUAAGUUAUCUGGAAUUGAAGAAGAGGACGUAUUAUCUGGUUUUGUCUUGUGUAGUGUUGGGGAACAACUUGAUUUGUGUAUGAGAGAUUCCCAGAUUUUGCACAACUUGGAAGGUUUACUCUUCGAACUGAAGGAAAAACAGUUGCAGUGGGAAAAGUCAUGGACAUUCCUUCAAGUGCCAGUGCAUAAAAAGGUUUUGUUGUUAGAGGUAUGUCCACCGGACUCUCCUUAUGAACGGGUGUUAAAGUUGCAACACACAGGCAUCUUAAAUGAAGUUGCCGCGUUAACAAUUUAUUGAUGUCUUAAGGAGAGGUAGGGUGCCGAUGCCACAGGUGCUUGGCAUUGGUACUUUUGAUAUACUUACGGGUAUGUAAUGUUUAACUUAUACACCCAUUGGCAUUUUUGGAACACAUGAUUGUAAUACAUGGUUUUCACAUCAGUUUGUUGGAAAAUAUUUAGUUUUGGUUUGGGCAUUGUUUGCCAUGAAAGCAUUUAGUUUGUCAUUUGGGCUUUGGUACAAUAUUUAUGUGUAAAAACUUAUUUACUGCUCUUUCAUCGUCUGUGGCAUCCUGGUAAUAAAUUGAACUGGCAGAU